AUGGCUGAACACGGCACGUCUCUACCAAGAAACAGAAAAAGCAAACAGAAUGAUCAACAAACCGUUUUGACUCAUUCUGGACAGUCUUCUGAUCUGAGGAUUGUUCUGGUGGGCAAGACUGGAGCAGGGAAGAGUGCCACAGGAAACACCAUCCUGGGGAGAAAGGCCUUUGUGGUGGACUCCUCCUUUAUGUCAGUUACUAAAGAGUGUCAGAAGGAAGAGGGAGAUGUGGAUGGAAGGAAGGUUGUGGUGGUAGACACCCCAGGUGUUUUCGACACCUCACUCUUACCAGAGAAGAUGAAAGAUGAGAUAGAAAAGUGCGUUAACAUGUCAGUUCCAGGGCCUCAUGUGUUUCUAGUGGUGGUUAGACUGGGGGUGAGGUACACAGAGGAGGAGAGGAACACUGUGAAGUGGAUCCAGGAGAACUUUGGAGAAGAUGCUACACCAUAUACCAUCUUCCUCCUGUCUCAUGUUGAUGCCCUUAAAGGGACAGAUGUAGAUGAGAUCAUAAAAGCAUGCAGACCGCUAAAUCAGCACAUAGCUUCAUGUAUAGGAUAUCACUGCUUCAACAAUGAUAAUCAGGACCACACUCAGGUGACUGAGCUGUUAAAGAAGAUAGACCGGAUGGUGAAGGGGAAUGGAGGGAAGCACUACACCAGUGAGAUGUAUGAAGCUGCUCAGAAGAGGAUCAGAGAGGAGGAGGAGAAGAUGAGGCAGAAGGAGGAGAGGAGGAAGCAGAAGGAGGACAAACUGAGAAAAGAGGAGGCUGAUAGGAGAGCCAGGGAGGCAUUGAAAACAAAACUGUUAGCAGGUGGUACAGGUGUGGGUGGGACUCUUGCCAUAGUUGGGACUGCAGCGUUAAUCGUGACUGAAGUUGGGAUGAUUGCGUCUUUAAUGGUGGGUGGGGGACUUGCAGUUGCUGCUGGAGCUGGUGGCUGGUUGGCAUUUAACAAAAUAAAAGGUUUAUGGAGAAGUAGGCAAACAAGUGGAUAUGAAACCUUGAGUAAAAAAAUAAAAGAAUAGUCAACACAUUAACAACAAAUUACUGUACAACCAACUCUCUAAACCAUGGGGUCUGCUUAAUGCAUUUGUGUUUAUUGUUUUUCUGUGUGAACCCUGAGAUGUUUGUUGUUCAUAUUGUCUGUUUGAUAGAAGAAUCUUCAACUA